AUGGUACCUCAACCACCGCCACCACAACAAAUGCAGAUGCAACAACCGCCAGUUCCACAUAUGCAAAUUCCAAUGCAACAAGUUGCUCCCCAACCAAUGAUGACACAACAGCAAAUUGUUCACCAUCCACCAGCACAAGUGACUCAAAUACAUCAUAUGCCAAUGCAAUCUUCAGCGCAGAUUAUUCCACAAACUUCACAAGUCAUGUAUACUGCUCCAAAUCAUAAUGUGAUUGUGCAUCCUGGAGCUGCACCAGUGUCAUAUGGUCCACAAGUUGUAUUCCCUGGCAAGAAAGGAAAACGCAAUAAAUUUACGGUCGCCAGUAAUACAUUCGGACGCGUUUCUGAUGGAAUCGAUUUUGUGAACAAUGCGAGUGACCUAGCAGGCGGACUGGGUGAUUUAGCAGGCGGACUGGGUGAUUUAGCAGGCGGACUGGGCGAUUUCGCAGGUGGCUUGUUUGAAUAAUCAGAUGACAUUUACUGAAGAAGAUAUUGUUAAAUUUUAAAUGUUUUUUUAUGUUUUGUUAGCACUACUAUACCGUCUGUCUUUUGUAAUUAUCUUUAGUUUUAUCAUCUUUUUUUAAGUUAAAAGCUACACAAGGCCACGUUUAUCGAGUUUCUAAUUUUUAAUAGGAAUAAUUCUUUUUUUUAUCUCGGCGGCGAGACGAACAUGACCCUGGAGGAGGCCAAGUCACUUGAUCCUCCAAUGCACAGUUUUUGUGUGUGUAAUAUUUAAUGAGAUUUGUCUCAAUGAACCAAAGUUUUAUAUUUAACCUUGCAGAGCUAAGCGAGCUCGGCGUUUUACGUCACUGAUACGUGCGGCGAGUUUGUUUUGAUUCCUCUCAUACGCAACACGCAAACUGUUCGCGCAUGGCCCUUGAUUGUUCUCUAAAUGUAUAAAUAUACAAUAAUGAUAUUCAGGCCUUUGUUUACUUGUGUUUACUUGAAGAAAUUCAAGUAAUAUAGUUGCGUUAAUUUUCUGAAUUGGUUGGCUAGCAAGCACUGGAUUGCAAAACUAACUUGUAGCUAGGUGUGGAAAUUAGUAAAUGAUUUGCUCACCUGACCAUAGCAUUUUGUUGGUUCUCUAUAGUGUAAAUAUGGCUAUAUAGUUUUCAAAUGAUCGUGUCAUUCUAGGUUCGUGACUGAAGGUUGCUAAGCAGAAAUUUAACUUUAUAUUAAUAUUUAUAUUUUUUAUUCAUUUCGACUGAUCUGGCUCAUUUACUGUAAGUUCAUUUCUGUGUCUGCAUUACUGCUUUUAUAUGAUAACCAUGAUUUUGCUGUAUGAAUCCCAAAGUUGCUUUUUCAUUAUUAUUUUUAUACAUUGUUAACUGAAACUGAAUUCGUAUUUGGUGGAUAAGGCUUCAAAAAAGUAUUUACUUAGGAGUCUUCUUUGCUUUUACAUUUUGUGGCCUGUACAUUUCCAAAAAGCCACCCAUUACUGAUAAGUUUGUUAUAUGUUUUUAAAACGCCAUAAAAGUUUUUAUUUUUCACUUAACAAGCUUACAUUUUAUUGCACACACAGAUACACUAAAACAAGUUUCCAAUAAUAAUCCAAAAAUUUUAUCAAAAGCAUUUUGCUGGUUUAAAAAUUGAAAUCGACAAGUCCACAUGUGAUCUGUUUUGUCGAUUCAAAUCAUAUAUCAUGUACAACCUCGUUCCCAGGGCAAUUUGCCGUCCGAGAUUGUCAGAAAGAGAAAAAUCGGCCUGUGGACGAGGUUGGUAUCAUGUAAUCACUACGUCUUUACGAACAGCAAAGUAUUUCUACCUUAAAAGAAAUAAAAAUAAAUAAUUUAAAAAAAAAGGAAUAAUCUUUGGGGAUUUUGGACCAAAAUUAAGCUCCACAAAGUCGCACUUUUCAGAGCUCAUCAAAAUUCUGCUUCUGUUUAAAAAGCGCUUUUUAAUUGAUAUAUACAUCUAUUUAUUGUUAUCAUUCUGCUUGGAAAAUGUUCAAAAUGCCAAAUUAGCUAACCGUAAAAAUUAAUUCAGUAUUCUCAUAAGAUCAUCCAAUCACAAAAAUUUAUCAGCAAAAUAAUAUUUCUUGCAAAUAAAUUUUUCGUCUACUGGCAUAAUUUUAGGUUAAUCUUAUCUGACCUAUUUCUGAGGGUAGAAUAGUUUUUAAAAUUUUCUGAACCUGUAUCUUAGUCAAAACUGAUAUGCUGUCAAAAACGUCUUAUUUGUAUCUCUAAAAAAGGCUAAAUUCUAAAACUCAAAAGUAUGAUGAUAAUAGAACUAUUUUUUGGCUUAAUUUUAACCAAUCUAAAACCACAUCAUACCAAAUCUCAAGUCAAUAUUUUCAAUUUUACUGAAGUUAUGGGACACUAUAUAUACUACCAGGUUUAGAUUUAUUUGUUAUUUUUUGUUCACUGCUUUGUACAGUAUUAAGACUCUUGAGAUAAUAUAUCACAGUGUUGAGCUGUUUAAUAUCUACCACCAUCUUUAGUGCAUCCUGGAUUUAACCAUAUGCUGUUUUGAGCGUGAAUCAAAAUAUGCCUCAAAAUACGAUUCUGUUCGAUUUUCUGAAAUUUCUUCAUA